UUCCCUGAGACGCUGCCUCUGUGGUGCAGCGUUAUGUGCGCGGAGCCGGACAAGAUGGCAGCGGCCAGGGAGCUCUGGUCCUUCUCCAACCGGGUUCUGGCUGUCAGAACUCGCUGUCAACUCCCUCUGGGGCUCGGUGUGGUUUCCAACCACCUACGCACUUUCUCCCUAUCCGGUCAUUUAAACCGGGCCGAGAAGGAGCAAGAUUUGCAGGCGAAUCCCUUUUAUGACAAGUACCAGAGUCAGAUCCAGCAGCUGCGGAGCACAAAACCAGAUGAAUAUGAGGCCCGUAUGACAAAGAAAGAACAAGUUAAGAGGCAGCCGCUGGGAUGUUCAAAUCAGGGUGAAUUUGUCAAACAUAUGGAAGAGAAGUCAAAACAACUCGGUGAAAGAGCAUCUGGGAAGAGAAAUGGUUUCGCUGAAGAUAAGACGCUACAAUCAAUAAUCAAUCUGAGUAUGGUGAAAGAUAAAAAUCCAGAUGAAAUAGCGCAGAUCUGGAAUAUGUAUUUUGCUUCAAAGAAUACAAUCUCAGCAGUGGUUCCUGGUGCAACGUUUGAGCUGAUGCGCAGCAGGUCCCAGAAAUGUCCCACGUUCCUUUAUGCUUUGCCGAGAGAAACGGGCUAUGAGUUCUUUGUGGGUCAGUGGUCUGCAACUGAGCUUCAUUUUUCCUCAUUAAUAAAUGUUCAGUCUUUGGGCGAGAAUUCACCAAGCCAGCUUGUAAUAUAUCAUUACCCUGAUCUUCAGAAGGAAAAGGGCAUUGUGCUUCUUACUGCAGAAAUUGACAGAACCUUUCUGAGUGCACAAGACGCACAGUGUCUGGCCAAUGAAGCACAGCUAUUCUACGCCACAGACUGCCAAAGGAUCAUCAAUCUGGUGGAGGCAUUCAACCAUAAACCCAGCGAUUUCAAACACAUGUCGGUCAUUGCCGAGAUUGAGCAGCAUGGCAUUGGAGGCCAGUUGAUGAGAGAUGGGAGCAAACAGACCUAGACGUGUAUGAAUGGCAAGACGUUUAUUAAAUAAACCCAAACGGACAUUCUAAUGGAGCUAAACCAUUGACAUUUUUCAAAGAAACAUAUUGCAUGUGAAAUUUUCUGAUGGACAUUUUCUGAGAAUCACAGACUAGAACUAGGUUGGAAUUUGUUCAAAUUUGCUCAAAACUGGCACCCUUUCAGUGGAAUAUAUGCGGAGUUAAUCUUUGAUAAAUGAGAUAUUACUUGAACAAGAUAAAGGAUCACUUCACGAGGCAGAGUUCCAGCUGAAGCUGGAGAACUGUUACCACGAGCAGGCCACAGGUUUUUGAGGAUUUUUUUUCCAAAGAGCCAGUGAAAUCUUAAAUGAAUAAACAAUUGUCUACAGCUGAUGUUCAGUGGAAAUGUAACUUUCUAAAACCAAGCCCAAACCAUACAGUCCAUUUACUGCACAGAUGACCUAUAUCACUCUGUCCGAGGCAACCAUUCUGUAUUUUGAUGCAAAAAAGUCUCAGAAAGUAACGGGCCUGUCCCACUUAGGCGCUUUUUUUAGGCGACUAGGCUGUCACCACAUGGUCGCCGGGGUGUCGCCUGUAUGGUCGUGAAUAGUCUCCUCAGUCACCUAAAGUGUUGUGGAGUGUUUCUGGACGCCGCUGGAUUUUCAACAUGUUGAAAAUUUUUUGGAGACAGUCGGCAACAGUGGUUUGGCGCCAAUGAGCGUAGCUUGACUUCUCCUGACAUCGGUGCUGGCAUAGUUGUCACCAGGUUAAAGUAGGUUGUCACCAGGUGAUGUACGUUGUCGCCAGGUGAUGUAGGUUGUCCCUGGUGCUGUCUUCAUUUUUGUUGUUGUUGUUAAAGUAAUGAUUCUAUUUCAAAUGUUAUGUCGAAGGGGGGUUCAGUCGCCGGUUUUUCAGCGACCUGCUACGACUAUGAGAGUCGCCGGCAAUCGCCUUAAAAUAGCCUAAGUAGGACAGGCCCAUAAAGUGUUGGUGUGAUAUUUUUUAUCCCAUUAUCUUCCAGAAGCAAAGCACCUCAAUGAGGCAAUGCAAGAAUGAUCUUCCAUUCAGCCAUUCCAUAACAUCUUAAUGUGCUGAGUUAUACAUCCCUCUGUUUUCAGAUAAACACAAUAUAUAUAUUCUAUUCUCAUGUGAUGUUUAUAAUGUGCAUUUAACAAUAUUUAAACAUGCACAAAUCAGCCUUACACUUGCAAUUAUAUUUUGAAUUAAAAGUGGUCAUUAGUGGAACACCAUUUGACAUAUUUUAUUAAAGAAGUCUUGGUUGAUGCACAUUUGUGGUAAUACAGGGAGGGCUAAAUAUAUCAUGCCUCGAAACUGAAAGGCAAAUGUUGUCACUAGCUACAUUUUUUCUUUGGCUUCAAAGAAUGAGGUCCUGGCCCAUGCAAUAAUGAUAUUUCUUGUCUGUAAUACAGCAAAACCUAACAAGCUGCGCAGAAGUAUUAUCAAACAAAUUCCGAACCAAUUCACUGGAGGAGGUAUGGAGGCAUCUACUUGAUCAAAGGGAGAGGUUUUAAUGAGGAAUUCUUAGAGCUUUUGAAAGAUAAACGUGUGGCUCUUGGUGGUGGAUUGAUUAAAAUCAAUAAUGCUAAAAAGUCAGUAUUGCAGCAUAACCAAGAUGACUUAUUUCCACCUCUAACAUUGGUGACUUGGUGAUGCUACAAUGUGUGUUUCCAACCCUCUGUGAUACUGAGUUCGCAAACAGUCUUGUACAGUCACAUUAUGGUUACCUAGGAGAAGGAUAGAGCUAGUGACUGCCGAGCUGUCUUUGUGUGUCUGUAUUUAGUGGUUUUGUGUUUCCUUUAAAAAAAAAAAUUUUUAUUAGAAGCCGUGUACAAAAGUGGUUUCGUGUUUCCAAAGAGAAAAAAGCUACAGGUAUUGGAAAUCCAGAAAUGCUAGAAACGUUCAGCUGGUUGGGCAAUUUUGCUUUCCAAGAUGUUGUCUGACCUGUAGUUUCCAGUAUUAUCAUUUUUUAUUCCAAUUUUCCUAAUUGCAAAUUGAAUGCAGAUUGGACAGAGGUUCAGGUGACACUGCUUAAUUUCUUAAUGGAGACAAACUAAAAUGAACAUAUCUCUUGUAAAGAUAUAAUACAAACAUUUUGUUAAAGAUAAAUGCAUGCAAUCUUCCAUUUAGUAUUUAUAUUUGACAACAGGUUUAAAAUAUGCACAAUUCAUGGUUAGAUAUGUGCAGACUAUGAUGGCUAACUAAGAGUGAUAGCAUCUGACCUCUAGCUUGUUUCUGACUUCUUUGAAAUGCACUGGUGUGGAAAUGAGAAAUGAGCUGACCUGCGUCAGUAUCUGACCUCCAACUCAACUUACUUUGCACUGCACCGAUACUGAUGCCAAUCUACAGACAAUAGAUAACCAUUGAUCUUCACUGUCAGCACUUUCUUAUCCCUCGUACCUAGGUUCUUAUUACUCGUACCUAGUGAGAUUCUUUAAUUUUGCAUAUAUAGUACACAAAAGAGUUGCCACAAAGGCACUGACAAAGUUACAAAAUGUACUCAUCCUUUCUUCAUCCCUUCUUCAUCCUCCAACCCAACCGUCCACCACGGCCCCGAUCAUGGCCCAACUCUGACCUCGCGACUCCGACAGCCCGACAUGCUCUGACAUCGCUAAAUAGUGAUCCGAUUCAAUGAAUAUGUGUAAACUCAACAACACUUUGACCCAAUGCUUUUGCCCCGUUGCAUUUAUUUUAAUAUUCACUUUCAGUGUCUCAUGAAACCAUCAUGGAAUUUUAGUGCAAAUAUGUUUUUUCUAAAUCAAGUGUGUGUUAUCUUUGGGCUGGAAGUGAGACCCACUACGAACUGGCCAUAAAUGAAUGGUGAUAUCUGGGUAUUUUCGAAAGCUGUGCUUUUUCACAUAUCUGUGAGAUGCUUUCAGAAAUUAACAUGGAACUUUUAGGGAAAAUAAAUCAACCUGAAUAUUACUAGGGGACUAGGGG